UGUCAGGAAACCAGGAAGCUGGCGAGGGUACACUGUCAGCCUUCUCAAGAUGAUGAUUCCUGAGUUUACUCUUGGUUUUUGGGUGCUUUUACAUCUGAUUAGUCCUGUGGCUAAUUAUGCAAAUGGAAAAGUAACUGAGGCAUGUUACACGAUGGUUCCUAGACAUGGCCACACGUCACAGUCAGAGCCUAUUCAUGAAAUCACCUUGAAUCAGACCACAUUCUGUCCAGGAGACAUUAUCAAAGUUACUCUAUCUGGGCCACUAUUUAAAGGAUUCCUUCUCGAAGCCCGUAAUGCUAAGGAUUUGAAUAGCAGUCCCAUUGGUUCCUUCAGGCUGAUUGAUGAAGAAGAGUCCCAGCUUCUGAAUUGUGAUCAAAAAGAGGGAUCAGCUGUCAGUCAUACAAGUUCAUCAAAAAAAACCCAAAUACAGGUCUAUUGGAAAGCACCAAGAAACACUGAGGUCUCUAUACAAUUUUUAGCCACUGUUGUUGAGAAGUUCAAAAUCUACUGGGUUAAGAUUCGCAGCCCAAUACUUUACCCAUCAAAUGUACAUCCUUUUACAAUGUCCCAAACUACAACAGUAUCUUCACCAACAUCAAGACCUAUUGCCACUCUAAAAAAAUCGUUCAGUGCAUUGGAUUGUGGGGGGAAAAAGUUUUGUAUUAGAAAUCCUGUGAACUGUGAUCCAGAGAAUGAAUACCACUGUUUCUUUCUCUCCUUUGAGAGACAGAAUCAUUCAGUGUUGAUUGAAAUGAGUGGCCCUAAUGAAGGCUAUUUAUCAUUUGCUUUGUCUCAUGAUCAAUGGAUGGGUGAUGAUGAUGUUUAUAUGUGUAUUCAUGAAGAUGAGACUGUGCACAUGUAUCCUUCUUAUGUAUUUGGGCGAAGUCAUCCUGUGUUCGAUUCUCCGGCUGUCCUUGAAACUAUGGCAUGGAGGCUGGCUGAUGGUGUUAUUCAGUGUUCUUUUAGGAGAAAUAUUAGUCUUCCUGGUUCGAAGAGAUUCGAUCUGGACCAAAAGUAUUACAUAUUUCUAGCAGAUGGAGUCACUAAUAAUGGUCAGAUUCAUAAGCAUUCACAACAACCUCUGAUUACCAGUGAAAAGCAUGAUGUGACUGCCCAUCCAAAGAAUAUAGGAGGCUCCAGAUCUCCACUCCUCCUGAAGCUUCAUGGUGCAUUCAUGUUUGUGGCCUGGAUGACAACUGGGAGCAUUGGUGUGCUGGUUGCCCGAUUCUUCAAACCUGUGUGGUCCAAAGCCUUCCUCUUUGGUGAGGCAGCCUGGUUUCAGAUACACCGAAUUCUCAUGCUCUGUACCUCUGGCCUCACGAUUGUUGGCUUUGUACUUCCUUUCAUAUAUAGAAAAGGCUGGAGUCGGGCAGCAGGCUAUCAUCCAUACCUUGGUUGUGUUGUGAUGAUAUUAGCAAUUCUUCAGCCGUUUCUAGCACUUUUCAGGCCGCCAUCACAUGAUUCAAGACGGUGGAUAUUUAAUUGGACUCAUUGGGGGACUGGCACUGCUGCUAGGAUACUAGCAGUGGCAGCAAUGUUUCUGGGUAUGGACUUACCAGGACUCGAUCUUCCCUCUCCAGCAAAAACUUAUGCAAUGAUUGGAUUUGUAGCUUGGCAUGUUGGCACUGAAAUACUCCUUGAAAUACAUGCCUACCGGCUCACACGGAAAGUUCAAAUACUAGAAGAUGAUAGGAUUCAGAUUCUUCAGUCAUUUACAACUGCUGAAGCAGAGGGCCAUGCAUUUAAAAAGGUGGUUUUAGUCACCUAUAUCUGUGGAAAUUUAGCUUUUCUCUUCAUAUUCUUAUCUGCAAUCAGCCAGCACUGAUCUAACUUCCAACAGUGAGUGAACAAAGACAAACAGAAUCUUGGACUUGAACAAUGAGGAGAUGAUGAAACUUAAUAUCUGUAUUAACUGCCGCCAAUUGUUUCCUGAAAUUUUAGUUUGGAAGAUGAGUCAAGAAGGGAUUCUGAACUAGGAUCCCUGAAAAUAAACCUUCAACAGUGUUUCCAGGACAAUAAACAUGUUAUAUUCAUUUUCUACAGUCCUUUAGCUACAAGGAAGGUUAUAUACUUCAAUGAACUGGUCCUCAAAUUUUCUCUUAAGAGGUGAGCCUGGUCAAAAACAAAACACAACAAAUUCGGCAAAGAACCUUUUGUGCCCACCCUGUAUGAAACAAAAUCAAAAUCCAACUCACUUUUAACUUUUGGAGAAAAGGAUGUUCUAUUGAGGAAGAUGAAUUCCUGAUUGAAAAUUAUGCUGCAAUAAAAAAAAUACAUGAUUUUUCAUGAAUCCACCUCAACAAUCUCCUUAGCUUUUCUUAAAAUGGGAAGCUAUGUGGUUGGUAGAAGAUUUUUGAACAUGGUAGAAUAACCCAUGUUCUCUGUGACUUAUCUUUGUUGUUGUUCAUUCAUUUCAAUUAUGCUUGAUUCUUUGUGACCCCAUUUGGGGUUUUCUUGGCAAAAUACCAAUGAGGUUUGCUAUUUCCUUUUCCAGUUCAUAUUACAGAUGAGGAAACUGAAACAAACAACAUUAAGUGACUUGCCCAGGGUCCCUACCUUUCUGCAAACAUUUUUUCAAUUAUGUUUGCUGAUUCUUCAUCCAUGUCAUUCCAACUAUUCCUGGUAGUGUCAAGGACCAGAUUUGAACUCAGGAAGAUGAGUCUUCCUGACUUCAGACCCAGGCUUAUUUUAACUUCUGUGGUAAAAUGGAGGCAAGAGAAAAAAACCAUCAUGGGUUUCAUUUAAAUUCCUGUCCCAAGCAUUUUAUGUCCUUGUGCCAAAAAACCCGAUAGCUCAUGAAAUGUCUAGUUCUUCUCUCUUGGUCUAAUGGAAUUCUUUAAAGAGCUUGAGGAGUAAAAAAGAAACACAGACUGUCCCUUUUAACUCUAACCUGUGACUCUUACUGAGGGUGAUGAAGGCAAAACUCACAUGGGCAAAUUGAAUCAAAAGAAUAUUUGUGCAAACUUAUGUCUCACAUCCUCCAUUUAUUUCCUUCCUGAAAUUAAAAAAAAUAAAUGCCUCAAACUGGAUUGCCUUAGAAAAUUUGGAAACUUGUGGAUUGAGGCAGAAAAUGCCACUUUUCAUGCUAAUUUGUUUUUGAUUUUAUUGUCUCUUCUGGUGGGACAUUAGCAGGUUCCAAAGUUGCCAUCAUGCCUUCUAGCCACUGCGUGGUGCUAUAAAACCAGAGACUUCCAUCUUUCUUGUUUUGGUGCUCAGUGAUUCAGACUGAUGCUUUCAUACUGAUAUAAUAUAAAAGCAUUCAGUUUGGCAGCUAUUCCUUUCUAAAUGUAUUUAAGAUCAGUUUCUUUGUUGGGGGUGGGGUUACAUUUGUUGGGAUGAGGAGAGAAAGAGAAAGGAAGGGAGGGUUGCCAUUUUUUCUAUUUUUAGAUGUUUACUUAGGGAACCUAUAGCAAAUCAAUGAAACUAGCCUGAAAAGGGAGGAACAAGAUGUCGCUAAAACAUUCUUUUACAAAAUAGGUAGAGGUGCUCAUAAGUGAUUUUAGAAGUCCUGACUCCAGGUCUGGUGCUCUACCCAUUACACUACCUAGGUACCCUAUUGGUUGUUAGUACAUGGUCAUGAGGCAGUUAUUAGCAUUCAAUUUUAAAUGAUGUUUCUCUCAGUGUUUUUGUUAAUAUUAAAUUUCUUGUCUGGGUCAUUGCCAAUCUCUACUCCAUCCAAGAAAUAUCAUAAGAUGAACUUAUAUUCUGUUUUUUCUGGAUAAAAUAGUCUAUUUUUUUGUAAGUGUGCAUGAAUCAAAAAAAAAAUUAAAGGGUUAACCAUGAAUGUCCUGUCUUUCUAAAUGCAGGAUUUUUAUUUAUUUACUCAUGUGGUCUAAGUAUUUCUUUUUUGCCACUUUGUAUUGUUAGUUUUGCUAUUUAAAAAGGCAGCACAUAGUAAUAUAAAUGCAUGAUAAUUUCUUUUCCUGCUCUUUGCUGGUAGUAAGGAUUUGUAGAAGAAUGAAUUUCUCGUUACAUUUUUUAUUCUCAAUCAAAGGUGGAAAAGUCACUCAAGGGGGAAGAAGAACUUUGAGUGUGUGAGUGAAGAACUGCAGCAGCUGUGAAUUCUCUAGCCAGUUUUCUUCACCUAAGGAAAAUCACUCUAACUCUUUUAUUGGGGGAGGGGGGGUGGAUUGUUCCAUCUAUUGAAAUACUUUUAUGAUACAAUUCUAUCUGUGCUAAUGUUACACUAACAAUUGCAUUGAAGUGCAGAGCUGCACUGUGAUGUAUUUCUAAUUUCAUGCUAAUGGAAAAAGUAAGAAUUAUUAUUUCUCUUAAUCAAAAAGAUCUCCUUCGACUCAGAUUUUGUGCUCAUCUUUUGUGUUUAUCUUUGUCUUCAUUGCUGUAAAGUAUAAUAAAGUCGUAAAUUCU